GUUGUUUCCGGCUGGUUGUCAGAGACGCUUUGGUUUUGUUUCGCUGUUUUGUAAACAGAGAGGUUUUUUUUUUAAGUAGUCAGUGCUAUUCAAUUCUGGACUGAACACGUUCGUCAACUGGUACCACGAACCUAUACAUCUUAACUAAUAAACACUGAGACUUCAUAACAAUAUGUUUGUAAACACCAGACAAUUAUAUAAUAUGACCCUAUAGGUGCGUUUUUCAAAUGUAAUAUGUUACACUUUUUAAAAUUUCGGCUGUGAUUUGGUUAGUCAUAACGAAAGAAGAUACGAUUAUCAUCAACCAUAGUGAGGGAAGGUAUUUAGUUAUGGUGAAGACCAUACAUUUGAUGCUCAGAAAUUUUAAACUAGUUUAUGUGUUUAACAUAAUAUUAAUAUAGGUUAGCAUUCUGGAUUCAACCUUACAGCGACAUGCAGAUUUGACUGAAAAACCCCUGGAAAAUUGUGGCAGCACCGAAUGUGCUUGUUUGCAGCUACCAGAGAUGGAGUGGCAGGGAGAGUAUCUGCAGGACCAUUCGUUUUUAGACUGCUUACUCAGUGGGGUGCCUGGGAAUUUGGAACUGCAACAAGUGCUUGAUGACACAGAGGAGAAGCUGAAGUUGAAUGCCUUGUGCAUUGAACAGAGACUGAAGGAGCUGCAGGUGGAACUGAAUGAUACCUGGACCGGAGAGAAGCUGCCAUGUACGACUGACAACCCGCAGUGGUUCAGCCCCAGCAAUUUCAGCUCACUCAAACCAUCCUGUACUGGCCAUCAGGAUCUACUGGACUUCCUAAAAGCCCUGCAACAUUUCCUGAAGACGGAGCAAGGUCAGGAGGAAACGUUGCUGCUGCUCCUGCUUGACAUCUCCUCUCAGUGUGGUGUCUCCUUCCCAUCUCCUCCGAGCGGAUCGUCCUUCCAGCUGACCUCCAGAACCUCCCUACACGCUGUCGGGGAUGACUUCUCCAUUGAUGUCCAGUCAGUGUGGGAUGACGUGCGGCUACACCUCAGGCGAUUCCUGGUGGACAAACUGCAAUGCAGCCAGGAGGUGGGUCACCAGCUCCAUCACAGGGUGGCCUUCAAGACACAGUGUCUCCAGCAGCUUCUAUUCCUCUACCCGGAGUCAGAGGUCCUGUCAAAGUACCAGAGCAUCCAGAGCAAAGCAGUGCAGGAUCUCCUGCAGAACUCGGUGCUCUCCAGCCCUGGAGAAACCAAUUUCGACAAACUGGUCCAAGCCCACCAGAGAGGCAUCCCUUCUAUCUGCUCCAUGAUCAAGGAAGAUCUGCAAAUGCUCAACGGGAUUAUGGAGCCUUCAAUGACCCUAAAGUUUCUUAACGAAACAUACCUCUCCAACAUUACUGACGAGUUGUCCACUCUGAUCGAGAAGAUUUGUGACCUGCAGUUUAAAGAAAAUGUAAUGCACGCCACUAAAAUGGACAAAAGCAAGCAGAAAGGAGCAGUGCACGCUAUGGCUCUGCAGGAAAGGCCUAAAAAAGGGAGGAAUUUCUGCCUGACCUCACAUCAGUUGAGGUGUCUUGCCCAACUCAUGAAAUCCCUUUUGUGCAUGGAGGAAAGAAUAUUGGAACUUGCUACUGAAGUUUCCUUUUUGAACUGUGGAGGGGAGGCUGCCAGCAGCAUACAAGGAAUGUUGAAGAAAACAUGUGAGGACACUGAUAUGACCCCAGCUGAGACCAGUAAGCAAACUGCUGAACAGCUACUACAGGUCACAGAGCCUGCUGUUUUGGAGUUUGAUUGGAGGUGUGCUUUCAAAGACCUUGCUCCUGCUGUAGCCCACUGUGUCAAGGUGGUGCUGGAAGACAUCUGUGUGAAGAGGUUACAGCAGGAGGAGAACUUCCACUCAUCAGACUCCUCGAGGGUCAUGGAUCUUUGCAGUCUGCAGCAGGACGAUCAGAUCUGCUUGCCAAGCAGGACAGAAGAACCACCACAGAGAAUUGCCAAGUUCUGCGCUGACAUCAUGGAAGAACUCGACAUGUUGCUUCCACUUGCCCUGGCGUGCAGAAAGGACUUUCUGCAGGAAAUUAUAGAAAACUUUGUGGAGGUCUGCAGCAAAGUAACAGCAGCUGUUCUUACAAGGCUGGAGGAGAGGAGUAAGGAGGUUCCCUUGAAAUCGCCUAUUCAAAACCUGCACACCCUGCUCUCCACUGCCAUCCAUGUCCUCCAGCGUUUGACCCAGUAUGAGGCCAGGCUGAAGGAUGCUAGCUGCAAGCCCCUCUUCCCUCUAUCAGUCCAGAGGUACCAGGAAUUGAUCAGCGCCCUCCAGGAUCAAGUUACCAGCUACUGCGUCACAGUCUGCACUACGAGCAUCCUGCAGGAUCCCGAGAGCCACCACUGGGGUGACCCCAAGGUUUUUUAUGAGGGGGAGAGGUGCUCGUUUUCCAUCCAGAUGUGGCACUAUUACCUCUCAGCUCUGCGGCAUGAUCUCUGGAGUGUGCUUCCUCCCAGCCUUGCCCAGGAGAUCCUAGCACAGGUGCUGAGCCAAACUUUGGAAAUGUUAGUGCAGAGGUACUCACAGGCACGCCCGACGUAUAGGAGGACCUUACAGAUCAGGACUGAUAUUACAGCCAUACUGCUGUGCACUGAGAACCUGAUCUGGUCACUCUGUAGUACAAGAGAGGAGCUGCUUCAUCCAAGUAGAGAUAUCUGUCCCUGGAUCUUUUCUAUUCACAGCCACUGCAAUCACCUGCUUACUGCGCUGGCCAUUGUAACUUCACCCCUGCACAGUCUCUUUGAGACAUUUCAGAAGGGUCCGGGUGACCUUUCCUCUCUAUCGACUUCAGAAAACUCAAGCUACCAUCUCUUACAGUGGCUGCGUUUCAUUAAGUCGUCUUUGUUCUCUCAAGAAUCUCUCGGGACAUUGUCAGCUGAUGAAAUAGCUUCCCAGUGCCAUCUGAAAUUGAUGUUAUCCCAACCAAGUUGUAAUCUGAGCUUGUUGCUGCAAACACUACUUCAUAACCGCUGCCUGAUACUAAAAGUGUUGCUAAAGAUUUCAAACUAUGAAACGGAUGAGAAAGGACUGUCCAUGGAGGCAGUGUUUAUGGUGUUGACCAGUUUAAACAUCCUGCCCAAAUCUCUCUGUUUUGUUCUUGAAAGCUAUCUUGAUGAGCAACAGUUAUGGGAUCAUUUGUAUAACCUGCCAGAUUCCAGCAAACCAGAGACAGAGGUCCUGAAGUGUCUGAGACUCGCCGUGACCAAGCCCAUCAUGAGCGCAGUGAACCAGAUAAUGUCCAUGGUGUACGCGUGGCAGGCGGCUGAGCAUCAUGGGACAUGCCAGCAUAGACAAAUGGCUCCUGAGAGUCUGCUGAAUAAAAUCCCCAAGGACUGGAAUUAUGUACCCCGAGAACUGAAAAGGAAGGAGUCUGGAAAAAGUUUUACAAAACUAGUGGCACAAGCGGUUUCCUUCAUAUUUACCAACUUGCCAACCAUGAUCGCCUCCUUGCCUGUGGCAGUGAAAUACCUAUUUUAUAUAGGAGAGAAGAAGCUUUCUCGAAAUACUGUCCCCCUCAAACAAACUGGCCUGCUCAUCUGGACCUUCACAUCAUACCUCUGCCGGACGCUGGACGACGGAAACGCCAUCGAGCUGCUGACGGGGGUCGCUCUAGACAGGUGGAGCAAGGAGACACUGGGCUUGCUGAGUGAGUGUCUGCAGAACAUUGUGGGGCAGCAAAAGGGAAUCCCCAAACCAGUGGUGCAGAAGAUUAUCCAAAAUAUGGAGGUACAGAGGCCGCAAUGGAUAAAGGGACAGCUACAGAAAGCAAGGAAGCUGUGCACUAAAGGGGCUUUUGAACCAGCAGAAAGCACUGUCGUGCAAGAGAAAGGGAUCGCGUCUGAAUUGACUGAGCAGAAAAUAGGCAUGAUGGUCCUGGAUAUCUGCCACAAACCAGGUGGCAGCGAGUACCUGAGGCAAAUUUAUCACAUCAUCCAACUCAAUGAGGAGUAUCUCAAAACUGAGAUUUCCACUGUAAAAGAUUCAGCAGCAGAACCUCAUCAAAGACCAUUAAAGUUAAAUCAUAAGGAUUCGGAACAACAGCAGCAGCCCUCUGUUUUCAGCCCUCUAAAGGAGUUCUGCUGCAUUGGGAGCAAUAAGUUUGACCAGUCAGCCAUAACUGAGUGGGACUGGGACUGGUCGAAACUGCUGCCAGGUUAUCUGGGACUCAGUCAGGUGACCUUGAGGGCGCUGCUGGCGAACAGGUGGGAAAUGCAAGAAGCAGCCGCACUUGAAGAUGAAGAGAAGACCCUGGUGGAUCACUUGCAGGAAACGUAUUUCGAUAAGAGCCAAGGAACAUAGAGCUACAGCUGUGUACUUAGAGAAACCAAAGAACACUACAAGACAAUUGCAAACAUUUUCAAUUAUAAAUGUACUUACUAUAAAUUAGCACCGUAUCCCUAAAUAACUUGUUGUAAUACUGUUAAAUAUUUAUUUAGAAAGCAUCUUUUCUUUUUCAGUUAGAGCAAUAUUGAGGGUAGCAUUUAUUCUGUUUUGUUUUUUUAAUAAGAAAUGGAAUACAUAUUCUAGAUGUGUUGGAAAGUUCAGUGAGACGUCUGACAAAAAAGUUUUAUUACUAUUGUGAGAGUGGUAUCUACGGCAUCUUGAAAAUCCGAUUUUGUGGAGUGGUUUGUACAAGUUGGACGGAAAUAUUAAAUGUAUGCUUGGCAAUAAAGUUUAAAUUGAAUUUCAGAUGUUAGGCUUCAUCUGCAGUAUGUAAUCUACAAUUCAAGCAGCAAUCAGACAUCACAAACAGUACAAUAUAUUCACAGCAUUUAUGUUCAGUCUGCAUAUUAUUUUUCUGCGUGCCUCUAGCGUCCUACACAUUGGACGCUCAUUAGGUAACUUCCACCAUCAGCUCAAGUUGAAGAAAUCGAGUUCUGCCUGUCUGCAAUUCCAUCUGGACUGACAGAGUCCCAAUUGAAAUCUUGAUCUGCCGCUGACGGAAAUGAACAAGUCAAUGGCUUUCAAUCCCAGUGGCAGAUCAAAGCAUUGCAUUACAUUAAACUGACCUGGAAUGCAUUUUAAACAUCACGAAUUCAAAAGGUAGAAGCACAAGAAACACAAAACACACAUUGAAAUUUUAAACAAAAUGCUUCCAAGCAAAUGUCCAAGAGUAAAGCAGCAAAGAGAAGCUGACCCAAUUCAUAUUUCAAAAUCAGACUACAAAAAAAAGGCUCUCUUCUGGAUUUUUCUCACAGGUUUAUGAAACCUAAAAAGAUCUUUAUAAGUGGAAGGAAAUGUUGUAUUAAUAAAGAGUCGACAUCUGUGAUCAAUUAGAGACCCAUUUAGAAUUUCCCAGCCCUAUAUACAAAUUGUUCUCUGCUCACAUGAGAAAUGGAAAAUUAGUCCUUUCACUUGAAAGUAUUUACAGCUCGAUUUCUAUUGUGAUAAAUUCUUUUUUCAAGCCCCCUUUUCAUGCUAUUGUGCAGAGUGUGUUCUCUAGUUAAUUACAAGAACCUUUCUCUUUCUGUUUUUCAUUUCAAUAAGUAAUAAUAAUAAUAACAAUAAUAAUAAUAAUAAUAAUUGUAGACAUCCCAUUAAGCAGAAAUAGGUUAACAUUGUUCCAUUGCAGAUGACAGGCAUUUCAGAUAUUGUCAUGCGAUGUGGAAGCAUUUUCAAUUGUUUUGUUCCCCUUCUCAUCUUAUUGUGUCUUUCAGAAAUACUGUAUGUUACAAUAAAGCUGGUAAUCAUUCUUACUCCUUUUCCAAUGUCUAAUCCAAAGGUUGUGCUGUCAGCCAUGUAUUUAUUAUGCCAUUUUGGAGGUCAGAGUGUAUGCCUACGCAAAAGUCGUUGCAUACUUUCUCUGAUAUUUUUAUCAGCAUAUUUAUCUAAAUGUUGGCUAAGUUGUCAAAGUGCAUAAAAAUAAUAAAAGCUAAUACAACUUGUCUGUGACCUGACAA